CUUCUUAACAAGGUGACUUGAACUCGAGCCGCUUCAGAGACCACUUUGUCGCAACGUGCACCCUCCUGCCCUCCUGCCUCGAAACCCCGUCUUCGCCCAGUUGCGCCUGGCUAUUGCUUGCGAAAAGCGCACAGGCGAUGGGACACCACCCUCGGGGCUUAUGAAAUAUUUCUGACGUGGCAACACUCGGAUUGACAGCAUUAGGUACCGCAGGCGCAAAGAACAGCGCACCAUGGCAGGCAUCGAGCAAUUGGAGAUCCACAGCAAGGCUUACAUUGUGCGAUGGGUCAAGGUCGAUGCUGGCCACACCAUCUCGUGGAGCGUUCAGCCACACAAGAAGUCAAUAAACUUUGCCAUUGUCAAGCAUCCCGGGACCGGCGCUACGAACCUUGCCUCACAGACCGACGAGCUGGGCCUCGCUGACCAGCAUACCGAAGGCGUCGCCGCCGAGACGAAGGGCAGUCUUUUCGCCAAGAAAGAUGCCAGCACCGCCCAGGACCAGCUCGCCAAGAAGGGCUUCAUACCGAUAAAAUGGCACGGGAAAUGCGAGGCCGACAAGGUCUCUGUCGGCACUUACGACGUGUUACAGGGUGGCAUGUUCGGCCUCGUCUUCGACAACACCUUCUCCAAGCAGACGUCCAAGACAGCCACCUUUGUCCUCCUCAUCUACCCAACGGGCAACCCGCCGCAGACGGCGCGCCACCUGCCCAAUCUCCAGGCUGGCCCCAUCGCCAGCACCAGCAGGACGAGCCUGGGCAAGCACAACAGUCCGCGCCUCGGCGCCGUGACCUCGGAAUCGGCCGACAGCCUUCAUAGCCACCAGACAUCCGGGCGCGGGCGGGCAUUGUCCUCGGCCGCCAAGAGCGAUGCAACCGUGUCGGGCUCGUACCAUGUCGGCGUUCUCCUGAAGAGGAGACGGAAAAAGGGGCAGGGCUACGCCAGGCGCUUCUUUUCGCUCGACUACACGACCUGCACCUUGUCUUACUAUCACAACCGCAAUUCGUCGGCCCUCAGGGGCGCCAUUCCGCUGAGCCUGGCGGCCAUUGCCGCCGACGAGCGGCGGCGCGAGAUCACGAUUGACUCUGGGGCCGAGGUAUGGCACCUGAAGGCGUCCAAUGCCAAGGAGUUCAGCGACUGGGCCCGCGCUUUGGAGCGGGCGAGCAAAAUCGCCCGAGGCUUGGAGACUGCCCUUAGCGAGCCGGUACCUGAGGCGCCGGGGGCUGCCGAAAAUGCCGAGCCCGUCCCCAACACGCAGCAGGAGGAGGACAGGGAAUGGGAGCAGGUUGAGGCGCUCGUCAGUAGGAUUGUCGGGACGAGGGAUGCCCUUCGGCGCCUCGUCAAGGAUAUGGCUGCUCACAAGCAAGUGCAUAGCAACCACUCGUCAUCACAUCUGUCACCGCCGACUCCAUCGGGGACCGAAGGCUCGGACGGCUACUUUACUCCGCCGGCGGACAAGCGGCUGUUUUGGAAGCGCAAGGCUAGCGGGGCGUCGUCUCCACGCUCACCACCGGCUGCGCAGACUGCGGCCGGCUCAUCCCUGACUGUCCCGACAAGCAGCACUGGCGCGGCAGCCCCGAACGGGCUCAAGUCGUCGACGAGCCUUCAGGAGGACCGCGACACGUACGACAAUUGCGCGGCGCUACUCAACGACCUAGAUUCGGUGGUGGUCGAGUUCUCCGUCCUCCUCAACACCAGCAAACGCAGGCGGAUACCAGCGCAAGCAGCCGCUGCUGCGCCGAGGACGAGCAUUGAGUCGGCUUCGACUGCCGACGAGUUCUUUGAUGCCGAGGCGGGCGAAUCCGAGAGGUCGCAGAACAAGCUCAUGAUUAUCGAGCACCAAAGCGAAGAGGACACGCCAGCGUCUGACGUCGACGACGAGAUCCACGAAUCGUCGUCUGUGUCGUCAAUCGAAGAAGACGAGCACGCGGCCGACGGUGCAGCCAGCUUGUUCCCGACCAAACCAAAAUCGCUCGCUCCGCUGCCCAUCACCGAGGCCGUGACGCGCCGCAGAACAAUCCCACCAGCCAAGGUGUCGCCGCCGAGCCUGAUUGCGUUUGUGCGCAAGAACGUGGGCAAGGACCUCAGCACCAUCAGCAUGCCCGUGUCGGCCAACGAGCCGACGUCGCUGCUGCAGCGCAUGGCCGAGCAGCUCGAGUACUCUUACCUGCUUGACGCGGCGGCGCAGCAGCCGCAGCCCCGGGACCGGCUGGCGCGCGUGGCCGCCUUUGCCGUGUCCCAGUUCAGCAACUCACGCGCCAAGGAGCGCGCCAUCCGCAAGCCCUUCAACCCCUUGCUCGGGGAGACGUUUGAGCUGCUCCGCUCCGACGCCGACGUCGGGUUUGGCGGUGCCGGGUUUCGUUUGUUGGUGGAGAAGGUGACGCACCGCCCCGUGCGCCUCGCCAUGCAGGCCGACAGCGCGCGGUGGUCCUUUGCGCAGUCCCCCGCGCCGACGCAGAAGUUUUGGGGCAAGAGUGCUGAGCUCACCACCGAGGGCCGCGUGCGGCGGUACAGCUGGGAUGUUGCUACCGUGUUUUUGAGGAAUGUUGUCAUGGGCGAGAAAUAUGUCGAGCCUGUCGGAUCCAUGCACGUCGUCAACGACAGCACCGGUGCCAAGGCGGUGGUCGAGUUUAGGUCCAAGGGCGUGUUUGGCGGCCGCGGCGAGGAGGUGCAGGGUGAGAUUUACGGUCCCGACGGCGCACAUGCUGGGGUGUCGCUCACGGGUACCUGGACGGGAGCCCUGCGGACGAGUCCUGGUGGGGAGGAGAUUUGGCGGGUUGGGAGUUUGGUGGAGAAUGCGGCGAGUACGUAUGGCUUGACGACCUUUGCGGCGGGGUUGAAUGAGAUUACGAAGCUGGAGAAGGGGAAGUUGCCGCCUACGGAUAGUAGAUUGAGACCGGACCAGCGGCUUGCGGAGCAGGGGGAGUUGGAUAAAGCGGAGGAGUGGAAGGCGAAGUUGGAGGAGGCGCAGAGGCAGAGACGGAGGAGGAUGGAGGAGGCUGGCGAGGAGUAUAAGCCGAGGUGGUUUGUUAAGGUCGGGGGAGGGGGAGGAGUAGACGGGGGUGGUGGUGGGGAGGAGGUGUGGAAGAUUAAGAGUGGGAAGGAUGGGUAUUGGGAGGAGAGGGCUAAGGGGGGCAUCCGCAUCGCCAUCGACCGCGGCGGCACCUUCACCGACUGUGUUGGGUCCCUUCCCGGGCACGACGACGUCGUCAUCAAACUGCUCUCCGAAGACCCGGCCAACUACGAUGACGCCCCGCUUGAAGGCAUCCGCCGCAUCAUGCAGCAUUUCUUGAAACAAGAAAUCCCCCGCGGCACGCCCCUCGACACCUCCCGGAUUGAGUCAAUCCGCAUGGGCACCACGGUCGCGACCAAUGCCCUGCUGGAGAGAAAAGGCGAGAAGAUUGCCUUGGUCACGACGGAAGGGUUUGGGGAUUGUCUGGUCAUUGGCAAUCAGUCGAGGCCGGCCAUCUUUGAUUUGGCGAUUCGCAAGCCGGAUGUGCUGUAUGAGAUGGUGGUGGAGGUCGGGGAGAGGGUGACGUUGGAGGAUUAUGCUGAGGAUCCGGACAGGAGGGUGACGCGGGUGGAGGUGCAUGCUGGGACGGCGGAGGCGGGGAGCGAGGAGGUGGUUAUGGGCUUGUCGGGGGAGGCGGUGAGGGUUUUGAAGAGGCCUGAUAGAGAGGUGGUGAGGGAGCAGUUGAGGGCGGUGUUGGAGAAGGGGAUUAGGAGUAUUGCCGUGUGUCUGAUGCAUGGGUAUACCUUUCCAGAUCAUGAACGGUUGGUGGGCGAGGUGGCCAAGGAGUUGGGGUUUGAGCAUGUGUCGCUGAGUCAUGAGCUGAUGCCCAUGAUCAAGCUUGUGUCAAGGGCUACGUCGGUGUGCGCGGAUGCGUAUCUCACCCCGGCCAUCAAGAAGUACAUUGCGGGGUUUCAGAAGGGGUUUGCUGGCGGGUUGGGGACCAAGAGUGUUACCGGAAAAGGGGAGGAGGGAGAAAGGGGCGCGAGGUGCGAGUUUAUGCAGAGCGAUGGUGGCCUGGUGGAUGUGGACAAGUUCACGGGCCUGCGUGCCAUCUUGUCCGGUCCUGCAGGCGGCGUCGUCGGCUACGCCAUCACGUCGUACGACGAGAAGACAAAAAUCCCCGUCAUCGGCUUUGACAUGGGCGGCACCAGCACCGACGUUUCGCGCUACGGCGAGGGCCGCUAUGACCACACCUUUGAGACCACCACGGCCGGUGUUACCAUCCAGUCGCCGCAACUCGACAUCAACACGGUCGCUGCCGGCGGCGGGUCCAUGCUGUUUUUCAGGAACGGUCUGUUCGUGGUCGGCCCAGAGUCUGCCGGUGCCCAUCCGGGGCCCGCGUGCUACCGGAAAGGGGGUCCGGCAACCGUCACCGACGCAAACCUGUUCCUGGGCAGGCUUCUGCCCGAGUUUUUUCCCAAGAUCUUUGGUAAGAACGAGGACGAGGGCCUGGAUCUGGAGGCGAGUAGGACGGCGCUGCAGAAGCUGGCCGACCAGAUCCAGACUGAAACCGGCAAGAAGAUGGACAUUGACGAGGUCGCGUAUGGGUUUUUGACGGUGGCCAACGAGACCAUGACGCGGCCCAUCCGGAGCAUCACUGAAGCAAAAGGCCAUGACACAUCCAAGCAUCGCUUGGCCACUUUUGGCGGCGCGGGCGGGCAGCACGCCGUCGCCAUUGCUGAGUCCCUGGGCAUCAAGCAGAUCCUCAUCCACCGCUACUCGUCGGUCUUGUCGGCCUACGGCAUGGCCCUGGCCGAUGUCGUUGACGAGAGGCAGGAGCCCGACUCGGCCGUUUGGAGCGACAAGGCAGAGGUGGUAGACCAGCUGAAGAGCAAGGUGGAGAACCUCAAAGCAAAGUCCCGCCAGGCGCUGCGUGACCAGGGCUUUGACGACUCCGAGAUGGUGUUUGAAGAGUACCUGAACAUGCGGUACCGGGGCACCGAGUCUGCACUCAUGAUCAUCAAGCCCGAGCACGACUGGGACUUUGGGACGGCUUUUGUGAGGCACCAUCGCUACGAGUUUGGCUUUACGCUCGACGACAGGGACAUCAUCGUCGACGACGUCCGGGUACGAGGCAUCGGAAAGAGUUUCCGCUACGACGAGAAGAGCGUGGACGAGCAGCUGAAGACAGUCACUCGGAAAGAUGUGGCGGCCGAGAAGAAACACUCCGAGGCCCAGGUCUACUUUGAAGGGGGGCGAGUGAGCACGCCCGUCUACAAGCUUGGUAAUCUUUCUGUUGGAGAGCUUGUCAACGGCCCCGCCAUGUUGGCAGACGGGACCCAGACCAUCGUGGUCACCCCUAACACCACGGCGGUGGUGCUCGAGACGCACGUCAUCAUUGACAUUCCGGACUCUGGGAAAGACAGGUACUGCUCUACAUUCCUCACAUACUCAAACGUAUCCGACGAGCGCGAAGUCGACCCCAUCAUGCUCAGCAUCUUUGGCCACCGGUUCAUGGCCAUCGCCGAGCAGAUGGGCCGCGCCCUGCAAAAGACAAGCGUCAGCACCAACGUCAAAGAACGCCUCGACUUCUCCUGCGCCAUCUUCGACGCGACAGGCGGCCUCGUCGCCAACGCACCUCACCUCCCCGUCCACCUCGGCUCCAUGUCGACCUGUGUACGACGCCAGGCCGAGAUCUGGAAAGGCAAACUCAAGAAGGGCGACGUCGUCAUCUCCAACCACCCCCAUUACGGCGGCACCCAUCUCCCCGACGUGACCCUGCUCAUGCCCGCCUUCAACGACACGGGCGACAAAAUCCUCUUCUACGCCGCCUCGCGCGCGCACCACGCCGACAUAGGCGGUAUCACCGCCGGCUCCAUGCCCCCGCACUCACGGGAACUCGCCCAAGAAGGCGCAGCAAUCAAAAGCGAGAAGCUCGUCAGCGAGGGCAAGUUUCACGAGGCCCGCGUCGUCGACCUCUUUUACACCCAACCCGCCCAGUACCCCGGGUGCAGCGGCACGCGGUGUCUCGCCGACAACAUCAACGAUUUGCGUGCUCAGGUGUCGGCCAACCAGAAGGGGAUUUCUCUUAUUGAAGGGCUGAUCGCCGAGUACGGCGAGGAAACGGUGCAAUUCUACAUGCACGCGAUCCAGCGCAACGCAGAGCUCUGCGUGCGGAAUCUGCUCCGCGAGGUUUCCACGAGGUUUGAAGGGCGGGACUUGUCCGCCGAGGAUUUCAUGGACGACGGCAGCCCGAUCCGCUUGCGCAUCACCAUCGACGCGGACAAGGGCGAAGCGGUAUUCGACUUUGCCGGCACCGGGCCCGAAGUCUACGGCAACAUCAACGCGCCCGAAGCCAUCUCGUACUCGGCCAUCAUCUAUUCCUUACGAUGCAUGAUCCGCGCGGAUAUCCCGCUUAACCAGGGCUGUCUUGCCCCAAUCACAGUCAAGAUCCCCCCGGGGUCCCUCCUCUCGCCCAGCGACAACGCCGCCGUCGUAGCCGGCAACGUGUGCACGUCCCAACGCAUCACCGAUGUAAUCCUAAAAGCCUUCCAAGCCUGCGCGGCCUCCCAAGGCGACUGCAACAACCUCACGUUUGGCUUCGGCGGGAACUUGCAGGGGCAAGAAGCCGUGCGGGGGUUUGGAUACUACGAGACCAUUGCUGGCGGAUCGGGCGCCGGGCCGGAAUGGGAGGGCACCGACGGGGUGCACACACACAUGACCAACACGCGGAUUACGGACUCGGAGGUGUUUGAGCGGCGGUACCCGGUGCUGUUGAGACGGUUUGCGAUUCGGAAAGGGUCUGGUGGGAAGGGGAGACAUCGCGGCGGGGACGGGGUGGUGCGGGAUAUUGAGUUUCGGAUUCCGGUGCAGGUUUCUAUUCUGAGUGAGAGGAGGGUUUUUAGGCCGUACGGCAUGGCUGGUGGUGGGGAUGGGGAGUGUGGGUUGAACUUGUGGGUGCGCAGGGUGAAAAAGGCGAGUUGGGAGAAGAGUUUGCGCAGGUUGCAGCAGGAGAGUAAAGGGGAAGGGGAAGGAAACGGGGACGGGGAGGAUGAAGACGAGUACGAGGAGCGGUACAUCAACCUGGGCGGGAAGAACAGCGCGCCCAUGGAAGCCGGAGACCGCGUUAUCAUCUGCACCCCCGGUGGUGGCGGUUGGGGUCCCGUCGGCGAUGACAAGGUCACCAGCAGACCGACCCAGACGGCGGACCCGACGCUGGCCUGGAGAAAGGGGUCGCAUUUUGCAAGGGAAACCACGGCGCUACAGGCUUGA